CUUCAUUGAGCUCUAAGUGCGUAACAAGAAAUGCCUACGGCUUGCAUGAGGUGUCUGCAUGUAGAUGGAAGGUUCAGCGCUUCAGCGAGCUGUCUGAAAUGGUGCCGAAAACAACACAGAUGUUAGAGAUGCGUAGCGGUAAAGUCUAUGAAGGAUACGGCAGUGGUGGACUGACGCAUCGUAAACAAGUCGGGUCGCAGUUGAUAAUAUCGCAUUACUAAAUAUAGUUCUUUUUGUCAAAUUACGCGUCUGUUUUAAAGUCAUUUGUGUUGGUUUACCGCGGGAUUACGUCAUAUAGGUUGACGAUCGAGAAGAAAGAUUAGAUGAACAGUACGUGUGGUAGAUACAAACGUAUGUUUGUUAUGAUAAACCUGAAAAUUGAUUUCAGUUUCUUGUGACACCGUUGUAAAGGGUGUUUUGUUUGUGACUGUGUAAUAACAACGUUUGCAACUGUCAUUUUCGAGAAAAGCCGGGAUGUGUAGGUGAUACAAAAAUGCAGUGUGCAUUGAUAUGGCCAGUAAGUCAUUAUGGACUACUCUUGGAGUAUGGAUGUGCUGCAAUCAUGGAGGAAGAGUUGUAAUGAACUGCAUCAUUUUCAAAGUGUUUUUCAAGUCACUGCAAACUUGAGUCAAAUUUGGGCACUUGAAGGGAUUGCACAAUAUUUCUACAUGUUGUAGAGUGCUUAGUAUUGGAAAGAUAUGAAAUAAUUGUCAUAGGCACAGAACAGCAAUGGAUCCAUUGGGGCCGUGGGCAACAUAUAAUCCUUCAUACACUAGGCUAACGGGUACAGCAGGCAGUUAUCAGGGGACUGCUCCUAGUGGACGUGGCAAUUUUGGAUCCCCCCAUCAUGCUUCACCAACAGGGAACAACAGUUUGGAAAAUACAGCAGUAACAGGGUUGCAAUCAGCAAAUUCCCAGCUUCUUUUGCAAACUGCUCAUAGUUCUACUAGCAUGCCUAACAGAGAACUCAUGGGCCACACUUCCAUGACAGCAGCAUUUGGCUCAGGGAGCUUUCUUACACAAACGUCUGGAUCGUAUGAUCCAGUUUUCUCAACUUUAUUUCACCAUCCUGAACAAAAACUGGCUAAUUAUGGCCCCUGUGCCACAAGUAACCCUUCAAAGCAUUCUUUACAACAUACUUCAGCGACCAAGCAAAAUGCACUUGAAUCAGAAAUAACAAGAGUCAGAGAAAAACAACAGAGUAGCACAUAUUUUGAACAGCAGGCAGCAGGAUCACCAUCCUCACUAUCAUCAACCCCGUCUUGGUCACAUCAGACAAAUGUCCAAAUACCAAGUCCAUUUGGUAUAUUACCACAUGAAACUGUUGGAAAUGGGGUGGAGAAGGGCAGUUCCAUUUGUGAAGGAGACUUCAAUGUACAAUUUACCCCAAAUCAGAAUUUAAAUAAUAUGAACUCUCAGCUCUCACCAGCUUUGGAAUACAGUAAAUCUUCAAGUGAUUACAAUAAAAUACAGAUCAGGAAACCAGACACAUUACUGUCCCCUGGUAGAACAGCUUUUACACCUGCCUCCAGUGCAGCAACUAGUGCCACAUUUUAUCAGCAUUCUCCAGCAACAUUCAGUAAUGUAGGGGCUGUCUCAUCUCGGGACAGUACUUCAGUUGUUUGUGCAACAACUUAUCGAAAUGACAACAAUAAAUGCCAGCAGCAACUACCAGGGGUCUCUGAUUUUGUUAGCAGUGGAAAAGGAUUUGUUUCUCCUGCACAGCUACCCACACCGUACCAUCAAGCUUCACUUGAUACGAAAUUGUAUUCAGAAUUUAAUUCUUCUGAGCACAUGACACAAGCACCUUUACCAGAAGAACACAGUCAAUCUCCGCCUGUUAAUUUCUCUCCAUUGAAUAAUGGAAGACAAACAGUUACCUUUACACGCAAUGAAAAUGGUGGAUCAUGUUCAACUAGUAUUAGUUCUGGGUCAGUUCCAACAAGUCUUGGUGUAGAAGAGCAGCAUGGCAAACGUGCCCUUGGUGAAUUACAGCAAACAAUUCAUAAGCGUCAGCCUAACAGUGAUGCAUCAUUUCAUAUGCAGCAAUACAGCAGCUCCCUUGUUGAUAGUGCCAAUUAUGGUAGUUCACCAUCUUUUUCAACAACAGAAACAAAAUCUUAUUCUGAGCCAUUGCUCUGUAUUGCAAAUGAUUCAUUGAAACACGGUCAGUCUGAUUGUGGAAAUCUUACACAAACACAAAGCCCAGCUAGUACGCAGUCGCAUCCGAGCCCUCUUGGUCAUGUUCCAAGCCCUCUUGGUCAUGUUCCGAGCCCUCUUGGUCAUGUUCCGAGCCCUCUUGGUCAUGUUCCGAGCCCCCUCAGCCACGUUCCAAGCCCUCUCAGUCACGUUCAGAGUCCUCGUGGUCAUGUUCCAAGUCCCCUUGGUCACAAUCCCAGUCCCCAUAGCCACAAUCCAAGCCCCCAUGCUCAUGCUUCGAGUCCUGCGUAUCCUGUUUACCACAGUCCAGUAGGUAUGGUGCCUUCUGCAUCUUAUGUCCAGCCAUUGUCUCCAGAGGUGUCUUUACGGCAAUGCCCUACUGUUGAUGAAAGGCCAAAAAUAGUAAGCCAUUCUGCAGACAGUGAGCCAUGCUCAACAAACUCAUUAAGAGUACUGCCUAAAUCACAAAUCCCUAGUCACCAUGUAAUAAAUCGUACAUCGGGCUCAACAGGUGUUGCACAGAGACAAAAAUUAGAUGAAUGUGACAUCAAAGAUGGUUAUAACGAAGACAGUGGUUUGCAUGGAAAAGGAAAUCGGCAAGAUAAUACCUGCCGAAAGCAAAACGUGACACUACAAAUGAAGGAACAAAGUGUUGAAGAUGAAUCCAGUCCAUAUUAUAAGGUAUGCAUCAACGAGAGAGAUGGUGGAAAUAGUAGUACCGCUACCAUGUUAUCAGUAGUGCAAACACCCAAUUUGCCACAGACAUCAACACUUCUCCAACCUCAGGACAUUUUAGAGCCUUCAGUAUCUAUGGAGCAAGAAGGUUAUAUUGAAAGCAGUUCAUCCUGUAGUGAGCAGGCGAGUAAUGAUAUUGACAAGCAUGCUGCCACAGGUUACAGUGUAGCACUACAGCAAGAAGGUGAACCUCUGUGUACAGGAUUACUAUCUACUGGUGAACUCACAGAGGCUCAGACAAAAGAGCAUUCUUCUCACCUUAUUAGGGCCACCUCUGAAGGACAGCAACUAGUGUCCGCUGAAGAGGCAGUGACUCAAAACAGUGCCAGCUCCUAUGUCACACACAUUGACAGAAAUAGAGAGCAACAAGAUACUGAUUCAAGGAACAAUUCUUUGAAUGAAAAGUUGGUUUCACCAAAAGCAAGUGUAGUGUGUGAAAAUGUACUCAAACAAAGAUCAGAUACAUUUCAGGAUUCCAUUGAUAAGUCUGAUAAUGAAUGUCAGUCUGCAACAGCUUCUGUGACACAGCCAGUUGUUACAGAUCUUCCUAGUGUUCAACAAUCUUCUGACAGCAUUCGACAGAUUUCAGAGGUUGUCAACAUGUCAUCAGAAAUGAAGUCUGCAUCUCAACAACCAUCAGAUUUUGCAGAAUCCUUUAAUGAAAUAAAUCGAAAAGUCACCUUAAUUAACAUAGAGGAUGAUUUAGAAUGUCUAUUGGAAGAUAGUUCUGUUUACAGUCCAAUGACUCUUGAACAAGAUGUUAAGAUGUCAAAACAAAAGUAUUUUUUACAAAAUCGUAGUGGAUUUUUGGAUGGGUACAUGAAAUUCCUUAAUGAAGAGAGACGAAUAUCUGUUACAAAAAGCAAAAGCACUGAAAAUUCCACAGAUACAGAUGCACAGAAGAAAGUGCGCAGGAAGCGAAUUACUAAAAAUGCAGAUAUAUCUGGUACCAGUACUAAAGUUUUGAAACAAAGUCAGCAGGAUGAAGACUGGGAAGAAAGCAGUUAUACAUCCGAUGUAACUUCUGACACAUCUGACACUGAAAACCUGAGAAGCAAAGGAAAAAGAACUGAAUGGAUGUCCAGGGACAGCAGUCAUCAGGAAGAUGAAGGAAGUGAGAGGAAAAGACAAAAAUUGGAUAAGGAAGACGAACCAGAGAAGCAGAAGAAAAAUGCAAAAGACAGCCGAGGGAAAAGUCUUCAGCGAUCAACAAUUCAGUUGAGGCGAAAUUCUAGUUCUAAUCCAGAACUCUCAUCAAAGUGUAAUUCAUUUCAGUCAAGUUACUCUAAUGACCCACAGUCACUGGAUUCACAAAACACUCAUGAAAAGGAGCAAAGGAAGAGGAGUAGAAAUGUUAAAGACCAAAUGAUCGCAAAGAGAAAAAUGAGUGAACAUAAAGAAGACCAAACUGUUUAUUUGCCCAGGAGGGAAAUGACACCCCGGAAGGCAAAAGAAAUAAGUAACACAAAGAAGUACAACCUCGAAGAAUUUGAAGAAGACUCUGACUCUGAGGAUAUGGACAGUGAUCCCGCAUGGACUCCAGCAGCUAAAGAACCAUCUGAUGAUGAUAAUGUUAAUAAGAGACGAUCCCGCCGUUCACGUUAUAUGCUAACAAAUUGCAAGAGAACCAGGCAUGCAUCACCUGAUGGCACUAGACCUGGAGGCACUGAAGAUGUAGAAGUGAGCAAGUUGCGUGGGAACCGAACCAGACAAAGUCGUACAAGAACACAUGCUGCUGCUAUCAGUCAAAAUUCACAGUCAUUGGCCAGACCUGACAUGCCCUCUGGUGCUUCAUAUUCUCCUGUCAGAGAAGUCAUAGCUGACACUAAUUUCAGAUCUGGUGACUUUGUUAUAAUGAAGAGUGAUACAGCAAUGGAGCAUCCACCACUAUGGAGAAUAGAUGGGAGAACUCUCCUUCAAAAAUAUGAAAGCUUUGAACAAAGUGGUAAAACUCUCUACAGGAAUAUUUCCACGUAUACAAGCUGGAGUCCACAAAACAGGCACAUCUACCAACAAGUUGCUGUGCGAUUUGUAGUGCAAAAUAAUUUUGAAACAGUUGUUGAGUUGCAGAAGAACAGCAUAUGUGAUGACCAUCAAUCACUGGUUGAACAGUCAAUAACAGAAACUGCCAAAUACUACAACAGCUUUGAAGUUUACAUCCAGACAUUAAUAUCUCAGGCAUUGGAUUCAAAUUUCCUGACUGAAGUUCUGAGGGAACAUGAUGAUUACUUUUUAACAAACUUAAAGACAGUUGAUGAAGUAACAGAAGAGAGAAUGGAACAUCUUUUAAGGAUUGCCAAGUGGCCAAACACUCUAAGAACUAGUGUUGGAACUUGGCCGUGUUUCAAUGUAAUUGAUGAGCCAACAGAUGGUGAUGGGGAAGGUGCAAUGCCCUGCAUUGCCUGUGAACACAGUAGUGCCACAGCCCGUGUUCAAAUGUAUGGCCAGCCAUAUGACAGAACAACUCUUGAGGGCUGUCCUCCAGACCCCAAGUUGGCAUCACAGAAGGAUUUCCUCCUUUGCAAAGUGUGUGUGUCACGUGUUGAGCUGUAUAAUAAGGUAGCUCACCAAAAAUACCAUAUGUAUGUAGAGUGUGCAAAGAGGGUUGCAGACAAGCGCUCUUCAAACCCAAGCAAAGACAGUAUGGAAAUCCUCAAUGAGCUACUAGCUGAUGAGCUGUGGUUAAGAGAGCUGUUCCUAACAGUGCGACAUGUGUGGGCAGCAAUUGAUACAUUGGACAACAUGGCCUGAAAUAAUGACAGAAAGUCUUCUAAUUAUACAUUGAAACUGUAAGGUGUGUUCUAUCUUCCUAAAGGGCUUUUAAUAAAUGUUAAAGUUUGUGAAAUAUAAAAUGUGCAUACUUUCAUUGUACCUAUGUGAUGUACAGGCAGCUUUGAUUUUGGUGUUAAGAGUAAUUAAUGAGCUAUCGAUGUGUCCAGUAUUUCAAAAUAUUUGCAUGUAGGCCCAAUAUAAAAAAAAAAUUCAAAUUCUGUUUUACUGAUCUAAAUAAAUACACUAGUAGCCAAUGUUGCUGUAACUAUUCAAAUUGAUCAUUGUUGUAUUUAGUACAAUUUUAAUUGUGUGUCAGAAAGAAAUGUUAGUAUAAUGUUUAAAGAUAUUGGUGUCUUUAUUUAUUAUUAGUCAGUUAAAUAACAUUUUAAUCUGGACAUAGCACACAGUGUAUUACCAAAAGAGGAGGCUGAAAGAAUGUGCUGUAGAGUAAAGACUUAUAACUUGUUAUAUUUUCAAGAUAUUUUUAAAUAAAAUGACUUAACAGUUUUCAGUA